AUGUCCUUUCUCCUCCAAUGUCUUAAAGGCAGUCAAACACUUUUACAUCAUUAUUAUCCUGAUAUUACAAGUACAAUUAGUGACUUGGAAAAUAAAAUAGGUAAGGGCCUUGGUGUUACAGGAUUUGCGCAGGCCAUUGGGAUUGUGCGGGAUGGGCUGCAGGGGUAUGAGAGUGGAUUAAGGGAGAAGACGGAAGAAGUAAAUAGGUACCUCAAGAUACUCUAUAACAGCGUAAGUGAUGUAGAAAUAGAUAAUUUUGUUUCAGGUCAAAAAGGCAAGAAACUCCAGGAGCAGUGGGAGACGUGGAAGUCUACGGUCGAGAGGCUGAACGCUGAAGUCCGGCGUAUAACAGACACUGACAUUAAUGCUUUAGAUGACUCACUUAAGGCACAGAUAGCACACGAAUAUAGACCACUUAGCGCUGCGGUUGGGGUGUUGGUUAGGGCGGCUAGGGACGAGUUUGUCCAGGGGCAGGCCAAAAAAUUUGACACCGAGCUGGAGGUUCAGCAAACCCAUAUCGUGGGUACGAUAACCGAUGGUUGUGAUCGAUUAGAAAAGAUGCUGGAGGGUGGGUUUAAUGAUAUUUUGAACGAAACGCAUCGUCUGAGUGACAAAAGGAAAGAGCAUUUUGAGAACAUUAGUCAGCGACUGAAGGAUACUCGAGUUGCUCUCUUCGACUACUUCGACACAACCUAUAAGGCUGAGGUUGAAACGCAAUUUACAAUUAUCGAUGGUCAGAUGACCCAAAUUAAUCCGAAUAAGCCUGGACCAAAUCGGUCGGAGCUCAAAAAGAAAUUCAGUGAGUUGACGGCGACUGUAGAAAAAAUUGGCAGAGAUCUUGAUGGUGAAGCGGACAAAUUGGGAGAGUGGAAGGAGGCGGCGGAGAGAGUAGUGGAGAAUGCAAUGACCAGGUGUGAAGAUAUUGUGGAUAAGUUGAAUGGAACUGGCGACAAGGGUGCAAAAGGUGAGAAAAAGAAUGUUACUGAGGCGGCAAGGAGUCUGCAAAUAACAGCGCAUGACCUGUAUAGUAAUGCGUCGGAGGCCAAGAGGCAACUGGAUGAUUUAGUUAAAUCGGUGCCUACGACUAUUGCGAAACAGGUGCGCGAGCUCAUAGCGCAGGAUCUACAGGAGGUGAAAAACAAGUGUAAGCAGUGGGUUAUGCAGUAUUUUACUGGGUUGGGAACUGUUAAGUGGGAGAAUGUUAAGAUAAAUACAGGUGGUACAGUGAGCGUUGAUGCUCUUGACUCAGUUAGUGCGCAAUUGCAGGCAUGGAUUAAAGAUUUUAGCACUCACAACACAUAUAAUGCUGAAUUCAGAGACACAAUAAAAGCCUUUAAGAAUCUCAAGUACACGUAUAAGACUCUAAAGUCAAAGCUAGCGACUGCCUUUCAAGCCAUCGGAGAGGACGCCGGAACAAAGAUUGACACGGCGUAUAAACUGAUUGAAGGGGAGGACUCACAACUCAUGCCUCGAUUCAACACAGAUCAAGGAAACGCCAUUAAAAAACACAUAGAAAAAUUCGAAACUCACGCCAUUAACGGUCUUAAAGACAUUGAUUAUAAAGACACUGAUGGUAAGUCAUCACAUUUUCACAGGAAAACAUUUACAAACUUGUACGACAAUGUGACAAGAGCGCUUGAAGCCUUCACCAAAGCCGUAGGGAAGCUUGUCAAAGAUGGCGGCAAUAAUACCGUUGAUACCUACCUGACGGACUUGAGAGGUAUGAUUAGAAGCCACAUUAAAAAUGUCCACCUCGAAGGGGCGUAUUUACCUGCCCCCCCUUCGAAAGUACCCGGUCUAGAGAAAAUUAAGGACGACAUUGAAAAACUCAUUGGUGAAAAGGAGACCAAAAAGCAAAAGGAAAGCUUAAAAGCGGUAGUCACUACAGCAUCCACCGAAAUCGGCAACAUAAUCGCUGAUCUGGAGAAGCUUCCACAACUGGUUAAUGCCAAGAAAGAGGCAGCAGCGUAUCUUAUGGACAAUUUAAAAACGAAUCUUGACAAAAACCUCAAUGCCAUUUCGUCAGCUCUCACCGCAGCCGAGAUUGAUUUUAUAAAUGCCAUAAAAGCCGCCAUAAAUUCGGUUCACAAGGUGUAUACAGCAUCAUCGAAGGCCGUCGCCGAACUCAGAAAUUCCCUCCUCUCCCAAGUCAAUUCAUCCUUCAGCAUCCUCACCGACGACAUUCAAAGACUUUUUGCCGAAGGUCACAGAGCCGAUUUACGGGCCUUAAAAACACUAAUUACGGAAACCAAUACAAAGAUCUCAGACAUCAUCGACACCAACAAAAGGACGGGAAUCAAGGGCUUCCUGAAGACGGUGAGUGGUGUGGCGGCGGAUGGUACACUUGAUACAUUUUCCACUAAGCUUGGUGCGCUGAUUAGUACUCUGCAUCAGUCGGCGAAGGAAAAGAGAUUCUCAAACUUAGCUGACAAUUUCAGAGAAUACGUGAUUCAGAUUUUGCAAUAUGCCGGAAAGGACAUGAAGAGGGUGUCCAAGGAUCCAAGCGUGGAAACGUAUUAUGACAAACUUAGAGACAUUUUCGACAAGCUUCGCGACUUGCUUACUCACCUAGGUAAAACCGAUAGAAAAUACAGUUUCGAUAAUGAAUUUGUUAAAUCACUUGCCGCACUUAAAACUUCACUUAGAAGCCUGUCACCUCUGAAAUUUGGUGCAAUCUCCUAUCCGGCCUUAGAUUGUCUCAAGGACGGAUUAGAGAGGUUUACGGAACAAUUAGAUAAGGCUUACAUAAAUGCUUAUGAAGGGCAUACGGACAAAAUUGAUUUUGAAAAUCUAGUGAAAACUAUAAAAGCUUCGACAUCUGCCAAACAGGGUGAUACAAAAGAGGAAUUAUCAUCUGACGGCAAAAACUGCGCCAACAUAUUUUUGACUUGUCUGCCAACGCUUUUCGAAAAAUUGUACCACGUGUUUUCCACGGCGAAAGGUAACAACGCUCUGAGGGAUUUCAUGGAAAAAUCGGGUUACCUCAUUGAGAACCUUAUCAAUAAAGAUGACACUGGAAUACGUGUCACCGGAAAAUUAUUUGACGGCUUCAACAAAUAUGGUGAGUUUAACAAAGACCCAGAAAAGGCUGAAUCUCUCGACGAUUGCGUUGAGGAUUUCAGAAAACAGGACGGUCCUUUAGUUAAACUUUUUAAUCAACUUAACACAUAUUACGAAGUAUGUCAUCUUAAGCACAAUGGCUCCCCUAAGUAUCCGUGUUCUAUUCGGGACAUGCUUUCAUAUUUCUGUGGACUUCCUCAUACUAAUGUGUACACUCAAAUUGAAAAGUACUGCACAGACACGCUCAACGAGAAGGACAAGGCAACUGGCAGAUUCCCUAAUAGGGAUGAUGAAGUAAUCAAUAGAAUACUCGACUCUAAUUUGCGUGACAGUUUAUCCUUAACUUGUAAAUAUGCUUACACAUCACUUGUUGCGAUACAAGGCCACGGUCACGGCUUUGACCAGGCCGACUACCCAUAUGCGUGUAACUUCCGGGACAACUCACGUGGCUUUUACUAUCCGCAAAAGGUUCCCGAACUAUUACAUAUAUUAAAAGACAUAUGUAGACGUGUUCUCAGGCAGUUCACAUUUUUGCGUGGUCGGUGCCGGGCGAACUCACAGAUGCGUGGGUGGCGUGAAUGCCACUACGGCCGUGAUGUUGGUGGUUCAUCAUGGGACUGCAAUGACAGGCAAUGUGCAAACCUAGCGUGUCCCCUAAGCCCUAACCAAAAGGGUAACCAACGUGCCAACCAAAGCACUAACCAAAUAUGUGAGCAACACCCUAAGUGCGGUGUGAAAUCACCGCUUCAAGCUCACCUAACAGACAGUCUACCCGGUUGUCUACCACAUAAAUUAACGUCCGUUGGUUGUUCAUCUAAAUGUUUGAGCUGCCCAAAAGGAUCGCCAGGUCAACAGUGUAUUACCCCAAUGGGUUUUUGGGACUUGAGCAAUGCGGGGUCGGUUACCAGAAAGGGCAGUGACCUAUACAAUGUCCUUGCUACGUUCUGCCACAAUGCAAACUCACCGCUUUGUGCCUUGCUUUGGUGUCUUCUAUGCCUUAAUCCAUAUCCUCCUAGCAGUUUGGGCGAUAUGUUUGCUCUCUACUGUAAUGCUAUGCAGGCCUGGCACAGUACCGAAUAUGGUCAUUCAGCACUACACAAGAGUAAAAUAAACGGUUCCAUUGGAAACUCGUUCCCAUUUGAGACAUCCCUGCACAACGACUACAGUGCUGAAAGUCUGACCGAUGCUCUGUAUAACUUGCAUUGCGCUAAUGGUGAUCACAACGGCGACCCAAAUGACAAUAAUCACUGCGGUCUCCAAAGUUUGUCAACAAUGCCUAAUACCAAGGAUUCCAUGCAGUGCUCCGUCAAAGGUUCUACGUGUGGUCCUUACCUCCAGCCUCUAUCGUUUCAUUCAUAUCAUACAUUCGCCCCUAAACAUGCCGGAAUGUAUCUCUCUUGGAUCGCAUAUUUAACAUGGAAUUUCUGGAUCCUACUCAAUGAGUUACUCAAUUCAUUCAAAAAUAUUUCUUGUAAAUCUCUCGGGUGUUCUUCAUGUAACUGCGCACCCGGUAAGCAUGGUAUUUAUGACACGGAGAAAUCGAAAGAAAGCUGUCACUGUGAUUCCAUCGUUGACUGCCAGGGAUCUCUGAAUACAUUUUACAAAUACGGACUCACCUACCGCGUACCCAAGGAGCUGAUGAAGAGUCCAACCAAGAAGACAUGUGAUGAUUUUGUCAAUCAACUGACCAAAGUGCUGAAUUCACAAUACUUCAUCACAUUAUUUGAUGAAAUUGACAAGUUUUUCUACUGCAUUAGAUCACCAUUUAUGUUAACGUUACUCACCCUCUGGUCGCUGUCGCUCCUGUACCUGCUGCACAUCGCCGUCCUCCGCCUCGACGUCCUGAGGAUACGCUCCCACCUGAGAUCACCUUCAAGCCACCGCAUCGCCGCCCAGUCCCUCCUCGCCGCCGCACGCCUCAAGGCACUCGCCAACAUCAAGUACUUCUCACCAUAA